AUGGAAUCACAGUCAAAGGGCCCCAUUUCCUCUGCUAAGCCAGAGGGUGCUGUGCCUGGAAGACUAGCAAAGCAAGAGGGGGUUGGCAGGCUGACUGAAGAAAGAAUAUGCAAUACAUCCACUGCCACAUGUGGACCAGAAGUAGGAACUAAUGCAAAGAGGAAACCCUCUGGAGAUUUGAAAAUGAACAGUUACCCAAAACGCUGCAGCUCAAGUGAGGACAGCUUUGACUUACAGGGUAGCACAAGGUCAGAAGCUAAAAGCUUUGUUAAAAGCAAAAAUAAGGAUGAAGGUUAUCGAACCAAUCGAUUAAAGCACUGCCAGAAAGGGGGUGAAAAAGCCCAUGGAAUGGAACACUCUUCUCUAUAUCCAGCAGAAGUAGGAAACACAAGCCAAAAGCUCCAGAAACAGAAGAGUCAGAAGAAAAGCAGUUCCUCCGCAUCUGAUUUGAGCUUGGUGAGUCAAGGAUCAUCAAGUUCAUUGUCUAUCGUGGAAGAAAAAAUUGAAGCGAAACUCAAAUUCUCUCAAUUUAUUAAUGAAGUUACUUUCAGAGUGCUUGAUCCCAUGAGCCUAAGGGCAUACAGAGCUGCUAAACUGAAAAACACCUUUCCAUUCAGUGUAAGAAGCCUAGAUGAUUUGCAUAUUAAGAGAAAGUCUCCUGAAAGCUGGAAAAAGAACAUUCUAGAUGGGAAAACCCCUGAAGAAGUAGACUUAGAGAGUCUGAGAAAUAACGACAUUGUGUCUGGAGCAAGAACACGCAAAUUAGAGAAAUCCUUGUCCCUGGAUACAAAUCCCUCUCUCAGGCCACUUGAUAACGGUGCCUCAUGCAGAACAAGAACUGGCUUGCCUGUAGAAAUUAUGAUUUCUCAAAGCAAAAAAAUGCCAGCCACAAAAUCUGCGUCUCUGCCUAGAAGUACAAGCAUGGUGAGCUCUUUUUCAAAUCACUUCUUUGUGUGGGUACGAAAUUCCUGGGUGCCAACCUGUCUAUGGCAACCUAGAAUUCUCCAGGGCAGGCUCGCAAAAUCUUCACCUUCUCUCUGGGACAGUACUUUACAAGAACAGAAGGGGGAAUUACGAAAGCGUCUGUCGUACACUACCCAUAAGCUGGAAAUGCUUGAAACGGAAUUUGAUUCUACACGUCAGUAUCUUGAAAUAGAAUUGAGACGUGCUCAGGAGGAACUUGAAAAAGUAACUGAAAAGCUGAGAAGGAUACAAAACAAUUACCUAGCCUUACAAAGAAUUAAUCAGGAUCUGGAGGAUAAACUUUACAGAAUGGGUCAGCAUUAUGAAGAGGAAAAGCGGGCUUUGAGCCAUGAAAUAAUUGCACUCAAUAAUCACUUAAUAGAGGCCAAGGUGACAAUAGAUAAGUUGUCAGAAGACAAUGAACUCUAUAGGAAGGACUGCAAUUUAGCUGCUCAGUUGCUCCAGUGCAGCAAGAAUUACGACAGGGCACAUAAGCUUUCUGAGAAAUGCACAAAGAAUGUGGCCACCACAUUAGUCAAAGAACAAUAUAUACUACCAUCUGACUUUCAGGAAAGAGUCAGCAUCCAUCUGGAAAAACAUGGGUGCAGCCUUUCUGUCCCCUUGUGCCACUCAAUCUUACUGACACCAAUACCCACUUGCGUCAUUGCCAAAGUACUGGAAAACCAGAUCCAAACAGCUUGUCUUCCACACUUGUCCAGUCCCUUACAAGGGAUUCUCAAUUUCCAGGAGCCUGAUGGAAAACUCGGACAAACUCAGUACAAGUCAGAUAUUUAUUGCAGUGACACCGCCCUUUACUGCCCUGAGGAGAGGAGAAGGGAGAGGAGGCAGAGUAUGGACACACAAGUUAAAGACGUGGGGUUCCUGCGGUCCCAGAACUCCACGGACAGCACUGUAGAAGAAGAUGGUUUCCAUUCCAGCUUCUCCCACGAAGCCUUCCCAGAGUACAUUACCUCUCUGCCAACAUCCAGUUCCUAUUCCAGCUUCAGCGUCACAUCUGAGGAGAAGGAGAACGCCCAAGCCAACACUCUGACAGCUUCUCAGCAAGCAAUCUACAUGAGCAACCGAGAUGACUCUUUGAAGAAAGUCACUGCAGGUUAUGAGCAUCAGGGAAGUCCUAGGUUUGAAUCCAAACCUGCGCAGCACAUGGAGCUGGCAGAGGAUAACGAGAACUCGCACUUUACCAGGACUCUGCCUCCUUAUGCAAGUGAGCCUUUUCAUUUCGCAGCCAUAACACCACAGCAGGCUUUAGCGAAUCAGAAAAUGAGGAGCGAGUGCAGGAGCACCCACCUCUCAGAGGAAGACUUGCCUGGGCGAUGGAGGCAGCUGAGCGUGGAGGACAUUGGUGCAUACUCCUACAGGAACACUGACAGGCUGUCACCCUGUAGUUUUUCAGAGCAGUACUACAGCAGCCCUAUUAAGAAGGGAGACAGCCGAACGAGCCCCAUCUAUGCUAGCUACAAAGCAGAUAGCUGCUCAGAGGGAGAUGAUAUCUGCCAAAGCAGACUUGUGGAUUCUUGCUUCCUGAGAACAGAUGGUGGCCUGAAUAUUGACAUCAGUGCUAGCUGUAAGCAGGACAAAUUGCCCACUUACAAAACAAAAGAAUCAAGAGACCAAAAAAAUGAGAGGAUCACGGUCCAGUUAUGCAGUAGCAAAAACAUCGAAAAUAGCCCAGUAUUGAAAAGAGAGUAUGUGGACGUGAGCCCCAACAGCUCAGCAGAGUCCCUCAAUCAGAGUUCAGUGGAGGCUUCAGAAAUCCACCAGUCUUCCAUGGAGCAAGGAAGCCAUUCGGGAAUUCACAGCAAACAGCAGCAGUUUCAACGGACUGGAAGCACUGGGUUGAGUCGGAAGGACAGCCUUACAAAAGCACAGUUAUACGGAACCCUUCUCAACUAG